AUGGUGCUCGCCAUCGUCCUCUUUCAGAGGCAGCAACCACCUCCACCUCCACUCCACCACCCACCCUUCCCUUCCCGACCACGCACGCACGUACACUGCCCCAGCCCAGCAACCAAAACCCAGUCGCCAAGCCAAAGCCAAACGGGAAUCCGCGAGCACCAGCACCAGCACCAGCACGAGCAGAGGGGCGGAGCAGAGGAAGCCACGCCACACCCGGAUCGCGCCGCCAUGCCGCUCGCCGACCCCGCCCACGGCCCGGACCUACAGGAGCAGCUGUCCCCGUCCACGGAGGCACUCACCCAGUCCGCGCAGCCGGAGUCCAGGCUCCGGAGCCUCAACCCGGGCCCGAUACCCAUCCCGGCCGCCCCGACCUCCAGAUCGCUCCUCGACAAGGUUUCGGAUCAAAGAGAUGUCAUAGCCUCGCAUCAAAGUGAAAAUGGCACCAUCUCUACAGUUAGCUCCACUGUUAGUUCAGUCGAAUCAGAGAGAGCAACUUAUGAAUUCCUUGCUCAAACGCCUAUCAAGUCAACUGAUGCGCACCUUGUGGAGUUUUCAGAGGCUAUGAGAACUGUUGCAAAGGCAUUGCGACAAGUUGCUGAAGGGAAAGCUGCUGCUCAGGCGGAGGCGGCAGAAUGGAAACGUAAAUAUGAGUUAGAGACGGCACAAAAGCAACAAAGUAAAAUGAAAGAUUGUGGCAGUUGCACCGAUGAUAACCUAGAGAAACUGGCCAGACAAAUAACACUUGAGACACCUGGAUCUGAUCAAACAGCAUGUUGUGGCAACCAUGAGAUAUGUUCACACGAGGUUCUCCGGGACGAAGUUCCUGGAUCUAGCCGAAGAUCUAGUCACAAGAUGGUGGGAAGAAAAGCAUCAUUUAAACUUUCAUGGGGAUGCAAUGGCAACAAAAACGGCCAGCACAAGCAUGACUUUGUUUCCUUUGAAAAAGGAGACAUUACAACAGCAGAGCGCAGUAAUAAACAGAUCUUACUGAAGUGGGAAUCCCAGCCACAAACAGUUCUUUUCAUAACCAAACCUAACUCCAACUCAGUUCGUGUUCUUUGUGCUGAAAUGGUCAGAUGGCUUAAAGAGAACAAAAAUAUUAAUGUCUUGGUGGAGCCAUGGGUUAGCAAAGAACUCCUAACACAAGAUACCGACCGCAACUUGGUGCAAACAUGGGAUAAUGAUGAGGAGACAAAGAUGUUGCACACAAAGGUGGAUCUCGUUGUAACUCUUGGAGGUGAUGGAACUGUCUUAUGGGCUGCAUCAUUGUUCAAAGGACCUGUACCUCCGGUUGUUGCCUUCGCCAUGGGGUCACUGGGUUUCAUGACACCUUUCCCAAGCGAGCAAUACCGUGAUUGCUUGGACAAUGUUCUGAAGGGACCUUUUAGCAUAACAUUGAGAAACCGUCUGCAGUGUCAUGUAAUCCGCGAUGCAGCGAAGGAUGAACUCGAGACCGAGGAGCCAAUCCUAGUAUUGAACGAAGUUACAAUUGACCGCGGAAUAUCAUCUUACCUUACCUACCUGGAGUGCUACUGUGACAGUUCAUUUGUUACAUGUGUACAAGGGGAUGGGCUCAUCAUAUCAACGACAUCAGGAAGCACAGCAUAUUCACUAGCAGCCGGAGGAUCCAUGGUUCAUCCACAGGUCCCCGGGAUCCUUUUCACGCCGAUCUGUCCCCACUCCUUAUCGUUCCGGCCGUUGAUACUGCCCGAGUAUGUGACUCUCCGCAUACAAGUGCCAUACAACAGCCGGGGGCACGCCUGGGCAUCUUUCGAUGGGAAGGACCGGAAGCAGCUGGCCCCCGGCGACGCCCUCAUCUGCAGCAUCUCCCCUUGGCCCGUUCCGACGGCCUGCCUCGUCGACUCGACCACCGAUUUCCUCCGCAGCAUCCACGAGGGCCUCCACUGGAACCUCAGGAAGACGCAAGGGCCGCUCGAUGGCUCCGCGUGAUUGCUACAUGGGUGAUGAUGCGUUUGAGCUUGGCAAAGCAAGGCGCCAUGGAUUUGUUGUCUGAAGAAAUGGUUUCCUCCAAGCCCAGCUAACUACACCGAGAUGAUAAGUGUACCAAUGAGAGUCUGUCCUGGAUACAGGCCUCCUUUACUGUUGAUUCUAUACGUAUAGAAGUUUGCGCUUAGAAAUUGGAGC